AUGCGCUCCCCUGGCAAGCCCGCGAGGCUUGGCGAUGAUCUGGAGGCCCUGGUAGCGGUGGAGCGCAGCCCCGCUUUCGACGCGGCCCUGGCGCGCCUCCUGGAGGCCCACCACGCCGACGUGCAGCGGGCGCGGCUCGGGCGGAGCGCGGAGUUGGCAGGCCUCGCCUCGGGGCCGCAGGCGUCGCGGGAGUCACCGCUCGCGGGCGCAGGGCGCGGGGGCGGCGAGCGCCGGGGCGCGGAUCGCAAGGGCCCGGACACGCAGGUGGGGCCGUUGGGCUGCGAGUGGGAGCAGCAGGAGACCUUUAUCGCCGACGCCCACGGCGCAGAUGGGCUCUGCAGCAACGGGCAGGGCAAUGGCCACCUCGCGUGCAGCAGGAGUAGCCUCUCGUCGGCGAGCAUCCAGUCCGGAGCCACGAGCAGCAAGGGGGACAUGGACGGGGUGGGGGGCUUCGACACCAUCGACCGCAUCAUCCGGCCGAGUCAGUACUCCCGCGGGAUUCAGAGGCCAAGCUGGCUGGGCAAGUACAUCAGUGGGACCAAGUUCGAGGUCGGGACUUCGAUCGUCCUGUUCCUGUUCUGUGUGAUCACAGCGCUCGAGAUGCAGGGGGAGGGUACUAGAUUGGGGUACGAGUUGGGCUACCCGCGCUACACGGAUCCAGAAGCUACCUUUUGGCCCGAAGCGGUGGGAGUAUUGCAGGUCUUGUCAAUAUGUUUUGGUGGUGUUUUCAUGUUCGAGGUGUUGCUCCGGUUAGUGGCUGCACCGCGGCAGUUCUUAUUUGACCGGUGGAACUUGUUUGAUGUGGUAAUUCUGGGAGGUUGGCUUCUGGAGUUCACGGGCAAAGAGUUCAAUUCAAAAAUUUUGCGGACAAUUCGUCUUGUGCGCAUGUUGCGGUUUCUCCGUUUGAUAAAGAUUGCAAUGCACCUCGAGGGUUUGUAUUUCAUGUUGAAGGCAUUUCAGGGUUGCUGGGGCGUGCUGGGGUGGGCAUGUGUUCUACUAUUGGCUCUUCAGUCGUUCACUGCCUGCGUCAUCUCUCAAGUACUAUUCACAACGUACUUUUCCGACGAGGGGCGCCCGAUCGAAGAGCGCAUGGAGGUGUUUACGUAUUUCGGGUCGUUUGUGCGUGCGCUCUUGACCACAUUUGAGAUGACAAUGGCUAAUUGGCCAAUUCCCGCUCGCAUUUUAGUCGAGAACGUGAGUGAAUGGUUUAUGUGGCUGUUUCUGAUACACAAGCUUGUGGUUGGUUUUGCCUUCAUAGGAGUUGUAAAUGGCAUCUUUGUCCAAGAGACGCUCCAAAUUGCUAUGACCGAUGACCUGACCAUGGUUCUCAAGAAGCAGAGGCACAUGCGAACCCAGAGGAGGAAGUUGGAGAAGCUCUUCCGGGCGGCCGACAGCGACAGCAACGGGCGGGUCAGCCGACCCGAGUUUGCGAGGAUCCUCAAAAACAGCGGAGUGAGAUUGUGGCUUGCUUCUAUGGACUACGACCCGAAGGACCCCAACUACCUCUUCGACCUGCUGGACAAGGACGGCGGUGGCGACCUCUCCGCGUCGGAGUUCCUGCGGGGGAUGACGCACCUGCGCGGCUUCGCGCGGGCGAUGGACGUGCUUCACCUAGACAAGCAGCAGGAGCACGUGCAGCGGCUGGUCAAAUCCAGCUUUGUCUUGCCCACGCCCAUCCACUGGCAGACAUCGAGAGCUCCAACAACCUGGAGCGGCUGCUGCAGGUCUGACGCGCGCUUCCGCCGCUGA